AAGAGCUCUACUAGAGCUCUUAUCUUAUUUAUUUCUAAGAAAAAUAAUAGUUUAUAUCUUUAUAUAGAUUUUAGAAAUCUUAAUAGAAUUUUUAUUAAGAAUUAUUAUUCUCUAUAUCUAAUUUUAGAGAUUUUAAAUAAAAUAAAAUUUCUAAAAAUAAAUACUUCUCUAAAAUUAAUAUUAUAG